UUAGCAACUUAUAUAUAUGUUUAGAAUUUAUCAUAUAGCCUAGUUAAACAGACAAGAAAUAAAAUGGCUGAUGUUUAUCCAUGCAUGUGCUGUAAAACUCUUAGUGUCACUGUGAAAUUACGGGAUCCAGUGUUAUUAAUGUGUAUUGAAAACAUCAGACCAAGUCUUAUAUAUUUGAGUCAUUAUUAAUGACAAUAGAUGGAUUGUUUUUCUUACAUAGUAUAUAAUAAUAAUAGAUGAACUGCUAACUGAAGACAUGGCAGUGAUAAUAGAUCAGAUUGGUGGAGUUCAAAUCUGGGGAUCAUUUUCCCAUGAUGCCCUGGGGCAGAGUGUUUAAGUGUGUUUAGAUAUGUUUAAAUGUGAACAGGUGAGUUUAGAUGUUGAAUAUUGUACAGACAUCACUGCUGGGAUUCCUUUGUUCAGCCUUCUGAUGGAUUAUUUUUGAUUUUGAUGGUCAACACUUUUGCACCAUGAGUGAAAAGAGUAGGCCACUUCCUUAAAUUGAGUUUACCUGCCAAAGGAAGCUUUCUGUUUAUAGAUGUAAUCAUUCCUCGAUAAAUAUAAUACUGAGGUAAACUCUAGUAAGUGUGAAUACAGAUACUUCCUUGUCAAGCAUUAUUACAGAUGUUUCUAAUGAAUACCGUCGGUCAGAGGAAUCAUAAAUAAUAUAAAUUAAAUGAAUGUGUUAAACUGCGUCAAAGGCGUGAGUCAUUUUUACAAGAUGAGCUUAAUUGAAAUUACAUAUAUUUAAAAGAAAAAAUGAAGUCUUGUUAAAUCUACUUGAAAAUGUAAGAAAAAAUUCACUUUGAUUUUUUUUUGCUCUUAAACUAAAACAGAGUAGUAGUUUUCACAAAUAUUAAUCUGGCUAAUCUACAAAAAAGUGAUGCAAAUAGUUGCCUAGGUUUUUCUAAGUAGAUUGGGCUGAACAUUUUUAUAAGUGUAAGCUAGCAUUAAAAUUUAGUCAGGAGCCUAUUAGCCUAUUGUGGCCAAGUGAACAAUUAAUAUGUGUUGGCUACUAUAAAGUCAAGUUUAACGUUAUGGGGGAAAAACAGAAGAAAUUGUUACACUUAAUUAAUUCAUCGUGAAUUAAAAAAGGCUACUUGCCACAUUACCACUGGGCAAAUAAGUGGAAACGUACGGCAGUUACUUAAUAGCCUAGAUAUAAAUUAUAGGAUUAAACAUGGUCUAAAAAAUGUAAGCUAAUUUUUGAGUUAGAACAAAAACACUUCAUCCUCCACUAUCUGCUUCCGUUAUGAAGCCCUUUUCGCGCAGCGUUUAUAUUCGUAUUCUUUUCCUGGUUUUAAUAGCCUGUAUGAUGUUUGUGUAAGAUGAGCACCAAGUCCAGAAUAAUGUUGAACUUUGGCAUACAAACAGGCUGUAGCUAGCAGCCAUGCCAGCGAUCAUCUUUGUCGUAAUUUCACAAAUUCUGCCUCCUGUUUGAAGAUUUAAUUAUGACGAAAUGAUAAUGAAUGAAAAAUUAUCCAAUAUUUCAUUCUGAAUUUUAGUCAUGUUCCUCGUUAUUCAUAGUCAUUAUUUUUCCUACUUAAUCAGCCGUCAGGUGUAUAAAUCAGACUACAGGUGAUGUGUCGUCCUCGCGGCGCUGUGACUCACUCUCCGCCUCUGAGCCUAAAGAGAGCAGAGCUGCUGUGACGCAGCUUUAUGAGUCUAAACGUGCUCUUACUCCGCGCUGUUCAUCACACACGUUUACUCUGACAGCUGCUGCUUUCACAUUAAAAAGUUCCUUCUCCCCCUCACUUCAGAAUAACUUUGAAGCCUCAACACUUCUUUGGAAGGGGCCGAAAGACUUGAAAAGAUAGGACAAUGCAUCUGAUGAGUGGUGCCAUAGCUCUCCUCAGUGUGUUUGGAGCUGUCAUGCUGCUCUCUCUCCCCUGGCUCUGUUGUCUUUGGGCUGGUCUUGGGCUCUUCAUGGUCUGGAGGGGAUCAUGGAGGUUUAUAUAUGUUGCUUUAUGCACCAUCAGAAGAGACCUUAUGUGUUUGUAUGUUAUCCUACGAGUGAGGAUUCCCAUGUACCGUCAUCUACAUAACAGAAGCACCAUCCCUGACCUGUUUGCACAGAUAGUGAAAAAGCACCCAGAUAAACCUGCUUUGAUCUAUGAGGCCACAGGAGAGGUGUGGACAUUCAGGGAGCUUCAGCAGCGAUGCUAUGCAGUUGCUCACUGGGCACUUGCACAGGGCUGGGUAGAGGGCGAUGUAGUGGCCUUAUACAUGGAGAGCCAGCCUUCAGUCGUGGCUCUGUGGUUGGGUCUGGCAAUGGUCGGUGUGGAGGCUGCAUUUAUCAACCACAACCUUCGGCAGCAGUCACUGCUGCACUGCAUCAGUGUGUCAAGAGCUCGAGCCAUGGUGCUUGGGAUGGAGAUGAGAGAAGCUGUAUCAGAGGUGAGAGACUCUCUACAGCCAGACUUGCUUUUGUUCAUCAGUGGUGGGCGGGAUGAUGAAGAGGAACCCUGCCGCCUCAGAGUUCAGAACCUGGACACUCUGCUGAACCGCUCCCCAAAACACCAACCAAACCACACUCUCAAGAAGGAUUUCAAUGACAGACUUUUCUACAUCUACACAUCUGGAACUACAGGAAUGCCAAAGGCAGCUAUAGUGGUGCACAGUCGGUAUUAUCGCAUUGCUUCCUUUGGUUUCCACUCAUUUGGACUGCGUUAUGAUGAUAUCAUGUACAACUGCCUGCCCCUGUAUCACUCUGCAGGAACCAUCAUGGGUGUAGGACAGUGUCUACUCUUUGGUGUGACUGUUGUAGUCAGGCCAAAGUUCUCUGCCAGCCGCUUCUGGGAUGAUUGUGUCAAACACAGCUGCACUGCAAUUAUUUACAUUGGGGAGGUCUGCCGUUACUUGUUGGCCCAACCUGUCCGCUCAUCAGAGGCACAUCACAGAGUGCGUGUUGCUAUUGGUAACGGCCUGCGUCCUUCAGUUUGGGAGGAGUUUGCCAAGAGAUUCAGAAUCCAGCGAGUUGGAGAAUUUUAUGGGGCCACUGAGUGCAACUGCAGCCUGAUAAACAUAGACGGAAAGGUGGGGGCGUGUGGUUUCAAUAGUCGCAUCCUGCCGAGCUUUUACCCCAUCAGACUGGUCAGAGUCCAGGAGGAUAAUGGAGAGCUGCUCAGGGAUCCACAAGGCCUCUGUGUGCCCUGUCUGCCUGGUGAGACAGGUAUGUUAGUGGGACGAAUCAACUUCUCUGAUCCGCUCAGGAGAUUUGAUGGCUAUGUCGAUAAAGAGUCCACCAACAAGAAAAUCGCUCACAACGUCUUCAAGAUGGGAGACUCUUGUUAUAUAUCAGGUGACCUACUGGUGAUGGAUGAAUUUGGCUACAUGUAUUUUAAAGACCGCAGCGGCGACACAUUUCGUUGGCGUGGGGAGAACGUUUCCACGACAGAGGUGGAAGGAGUCCUCAGCUGCCUGCUGGGGCAUGCUGAUGUGGCAGUCUAUGGUGUUUGUGUACCAGGUGUGGAGGGUAAGGCUGGUAUGGCAGCAGUAUCCCACACAGAUCAUUUUGACCUUGAUGCAUUCCUUCAGUCAGUACAAAAAGCACUGCCAUCCUACGCAUGCCCCGUCUUCCUCCGACUCAUGCCAUCUGUUGAUACGACAGGUACCUUCAAAAUCCAGAAGACACGACUGCAGAGGGAAGGAUACAAACCACGAGAGUCAAGUGAAAAGAUUUAUUUUUUGAACAGCCGAGCUGGGUGUUACGAGGCGGUAACUGAUGAACUCUAUAAAGAUAUCAUAGAGGGCAGAGCGUGUCUAUGAGACUGGAGGAGGCUGAAAAGAUAUCGACCUCUAGAUUGUAUUUUUCAAAAGUGGAAAAAAGAGAAAAGAGAGAGAUUCACUAACAACUUUAUCCUCAUUUAUACAAAAAUAUGUUCAUAUGAUUGUGACUAUGUUUUUGUCAUUUAAAUAAACACUGUUGUUACCUCCGCCAAGGAGGUUAUGUGAUUGGCGGGGUUUGUUUGUUAGUUAGUUUGUUAGCAACAUAAUUCAAAAAUUU